CUAAUUUCUAAGGAUACAUGAUCCACACCCUUUCAUCUACCUGCUGAACCUCAGUAACCCAUCCACCCACUCAUGCUCCAAUCCAGCCACUCCACAUCGUUCGCCCAUCCACUGUCACUGCACCCAUCCACCAAACCCCCCAUCCUUCCACUCAGCCUCCCAUCCACACACUCAUCCGUCCUCAUUGCCACAGUGAUUUGUCUCCCCUGUCCUGAUUCCAGGCCCGAUCCCCCACAGUGACCUCGACUGCUUCAGAUGAGCUACAACAGCCGUAUGAGGGCAGUUGAACCCAGGUGUUCAAAAUAUGAUAACAACUCCUCUCGCUGAUGCCCGUCCAGAGACCUGCGGUGAUCAGGUCGAGGGAUAGAGUUGUUUUCAGGUUGUUUUUUUUCCCAGACGCUCGUCAAAUCGUUUUUGAUGGACGUCGCCCUCAGCGGGACUUGAACCAGGGUCACCGCAGUUCAUGACCGACGGCACUCCCCGUGGGGCCUCGGAGACAGCUGCUGUAUCGGCGUUGGUUCACUGCGAUGGUCAACAAUAAACCAAGAUCUUAUCCCGUAAUCGAAAACAUCAAAAAACUUGUUUGGAAUUUCCAAUCAUUCAUUUCCAAUCUGUCAUUCAUCUUAAUGGUUGUAGCGCUCUCUUUUAUGCCUCGUUGCGUUUGUGUGUGGCCAAUACACAGGUGUGUGUGAUGUAAGCCUACAUAACCAAGCGCUAUCUUCGACUGCAUAAAGGCGGCAUGACCAGUGAUCACACGAUGACGUCUGGAGAAAUAAAACAUUUGGGCUUACGGUCAAAGAUAUUGUAGUGAUAUAAAGGACGAUGUCAAAGCACUUCCCUGAAGGGGACAACACAGCAGGCAUAAGGCCAAAUGUGAGCGUCUUGGUCAUUUAGUGUUAAAUGGAGAGAGCAGACGAAAUACGAGCACUGAUUGAUCCACAAGUGACGAGUUCAUUGUGCUGAUGUACGCUCUGUGACGCCUGCAUCUGCGUCACUUCAGGGAGGCCAGUGAAAAAGCCGAAACUGUCAUAUCAAUAGAUAGCAGCACACGUACAUAUGCCCGUGACACAGGCAUAUAAGACGGCUGUAUUCGAUUAUAGUUGCUGGAUCUUUAUCUUGCCACCGAGUCCAGCUCAUAAAAAGCAGAGUCCAAGGGUUGCUUCUGUUGUAGGAAGGAGGCAUAAAAAAGCUUGGAUAGAAAGCGUUCGCUGUCCACUCCUUCCUACUGCCGGAGCGAUCAGCACUCUCUCUCUCUCUCUCUCUCUCUCUCGCUCUUUCUCUCAUUCUCUCAAAAUGGAAGAAGGUAGGAGCAUGUAGGACAGGAAUAUUGAGUUUUGACCAACUUCUUAUUUUUUGUGUUGAAAGACAAACAUUUUGACGCGUUGGUCUUAUUGCAUAGCGAUUACUUUGCAUUUUUUGUUUAAGAAAGAAAGAUCAACUGGUGUGUGUGUGUGUGUGUGUGUGUGUGCGUGCGUGCUUGCAGUUCAAUAAUGCAUAAUAAUAAUAAGAAUUGUAAAAUACAAUGUAAAAUAUAAAAAUACAGUUUUAAAUACGAAACACACACUGUCAUUUAGCUCAUACUGUUACAAUUUGAAGUAUUCAUUAUGUUCCGCACAUUUUGUUGCAUUAUAAUGAAACGUGCAUCAUUUGACAGGGUCAAAGCCAAACCAUUUUGAGAUGAAGAGCAUCCUGAAGAAGAAGAACCUGAAGGGGGAGAACUCCACCCAGAGCAGCUCGAUCGGGGCGGUGAGAUGGCCCCAGAACGAGAUGUACGUCCAGCAACACAGCUCCGCCCCCAGCCAAAAGACCUCCACACCUGCACAGAACCCCCGACAGAACGGCCUGAAGGACCUCCGCAGCCUGCAGGAUUGUGUGGAGUUCAUCAACGACUGGAAGGCCCAGGUGGACCACGUCUGCCAGCAGGGCAGCGGGCGUCCAGAGGACGGCGGCGCCGGCAGCACGGCCGACGAAGGACGGGAGGAGCGCAGUUUGGAACAGAGCCGCCAACUCAUCCUGGAAUGGGCGGGCGAGCUCCGACACAUCGACGCGCUGCUCAGGGACACGCCUGCACCCACGCCGACGGCAACCAGGGCUGAAGAAGAGGAGGAGGAGGAGGAGGGGCCGAAGGAGGAGACUCAGAUGAGGAUCAUGCGAUGGGCAAAGGAGCUACAGGACGCCUCAGUGAUUUGCGGCAUUGAGCGUGAGGAGCUGGGCCAGAUGUUGAGGCUGCUUGGGCAGAGGAAGAGGAAGCUGGUCCACCUUCUUCCUCUGCUGGAGUUCAUCACCUGGUCGCUGCUCAAGGAGGACCGCACGAAAAUGAUGGCGCAGUUCUGGUUGCUGGCCAAGCAGCGCAGCUGGGAAGCAGGGGUUGCCCGAUACAUCCCCAACUCAGUCUGGAGUUGGAUCACCAGUGCCACAGCCGACGUCACCCUGGACCCCAUGACCAACAACCCGUGGCUCCAGAUCUCCGAGGACCAGCGGGGGGUCCAGGAGGGUCCCGCCCAGGCCCCGGACCUCCCCUACAGCCCGCAACGCUUCACCGGCUGGCCGGGGGUCACGGGGUGGGAGGGCUACGGCCGCGGGCGCCACUACUGGCAGGUGGACAUCGCCAACACCGGCGUCUGGCGGGUGGGCGUGACCGCCGUCGACGCCAAACGCCGCGGGCGCGUCCCCAUGUCGCCGCGCCGCGGCUACUGGGCGCUGUGGCGGAGCGCGCAGCAGUUCUACGCCUGCACCGAGCCCGAGCCGACCCCGUUGCCCCUGGCGAUGGCGCCGCGACACCUGGGCGUCUAUCUGGACUACGAGGAGGGCCAGGUGUCGUUCUACAACGCCAAGACCCAGACGCACAUCUUCACGUUCACGGGGAGCUUCCGGGGGAAGAUGUACCCGCUGUUGGCGCCGCUGGACGGACGCACGCGGCUGGAGGUGCGGCCACCGCCGCCGCCGCCGCCACAGCUGCCACGCAGGGGGUCCGUCCUCGGGGAGCUGAAGUGAGGGAAGGCGGGUUUUUACCGGGAGAACGCCGGGAUUGCGGUGAAAGGGAAGGGGACGCGAGGAUCCGGGCGGUUCAUGGAUAACGCCUUGGGACACUUCGGGACUGCUUGGAGGCUAUAUGCUAGAUUGGAUUAUGCCGGGGACCACUCGGCGUCGAGUUUAGAGCUUCCUUCUCCAACACUGAAUUGCUCAGAGACAUUUUUUUCCUGCUCGCUGAAGAUUUUGAAUCAAAUUUCAUGAAAGGCUAAAUAUUCGUUUGCUUCCAAGGAAUCUUUUCUUGUCGAUAGCGGAAGACCAAAGGCCGACAGGAUUGUAGGUAGACGGCGAUUAAAAAACAUUUCUUUAUAACACUGCUUUAAUUUACGAAUUUGUUAUCUAGAAAUGAUCUACGCGUAAAAUAAUGUGGUAGCCUAUAUGUGUAUAUAUUUUUGGAUAAACCAAACCACAAGUGAAACCAGCCAAAGUAAGCUAGAUUUUGAAGGUAUACAACCGAAAAAAUCCCACCACUCUAUUUGAACCUCCCACUCCCUCUUAAUACGUGACUAGUUUCUGAUCUUGCACAAUGAGUGCACGGGCAGAGUGCGCACAGGUAGCCGCUAGAAAGGUUGACUGACAGGUAGGCCAUCGUAUAUUCAUGCCGAAUCAUCAGAGAGGACAGGCUUAAUCGUUGUAGAUACCUGAAUUUAUUUAUUGAGUGUUUGAAUUUUGGAUUGCUGUGAUAACUUACAAUCGCUGUACAAAUAUUGUCCAAUAAAGCUGCAUCUUAUUUGUCAA